UAAAGUGUGAGGUAGCGUAAAUGGCGUCGCAAGUUGUUUUUUAUUCCAAAUCAGUGAAUUUCUAAUCGUUUAGUGUUAUUACUUGUGUGAUUUGCGAUAUCUGCAUUACAUUGUAUUCUUGCGUCUAUGUUUUGAGUGACGAAUUGCAUCAUUUCUUGUGAUAUUUCAUCUUUCGCUUUGAAACAAUGGCGUCAGGCGGGCCACAAGAAUCCAAUGUAAAAGUUGGUGAAAAUCGCGAUAUAAGUGAAGAAUACAGCGCGUCUAACGGCGAAGGGGACGCCGGCGAGGGCAGCAAGCGACGCCGAGUGACUCACGACUAUCGAAAACUCUCGAAACUGGGAUAUGAUCCAAAUGUGUCAACGAAUCUAACCCACGGUCCGUCAAUGGAUUCCAAAGGCACCAAGAAGCGCAAACUGAGCGCCGACUCCAAGGAACUUUGCGUUUGGGGCGAGAAUACCAGACCGGCUAAGCUCAGCAAGAUAUGGCCAGUCUUCGACUCUGGAGGGUACGGCAACGCAACAGUCUUGACCCUGCACGUAAUGCAGAAGUCUCCACCAAUCAACAACCCUCUACUCUUCAACUUCACCGACAAAGACUGUGGUCUCACCUUGUCCGAGUUAAACCAGGAACCUAUAAAGGCAGAUCUUCUUGGUGGACUCACAGCGUCAUGGAAACAAACGCAAAUGGCCAAUACUGUGCCGAAUGAUGACGUCACAAAGCGACUCUUCUCCUCAGUCUCGAGGCAGCUGCGUAUCAUCAACACGCAUUUCCAAAAGUCAAUGUUCAGAUACAAGUAUCCAAGGGUGACUCGGUCGAAUAUUCUUUUGGAAAGCUCCAACUUGAGGCGUCCGGCUACACACUUCAGUUUGUCAAUGAAAGCGAUUAAGUUCCAAGCGAAUUCUUCGCAGGCGAAUAGAGAGUUGCCCUGUUAUGGUAACUUGGAGUUACCUUUGAAGAUCAAGCAGGAAGGUGGUCAGGUGUAUCCGGCUAUUCCAAAUGUAAGGGACAGUGAUAAGGUGAAAGUCAAAAUUGAAAGUGAGAAAGUGAAAAGUGAGAAGGAGAAGGAAAAGGAGAGAGAGAGGGAAAAAGAAAAGGAUAGGGAGAGGUCAUCGCAGUCGUCUCGGCACCACUCGUCGUCCUCCUCGUGCCACCACUGCCGGCGCCGCGCGCGCAUCAAGCGCUGCUCCAUCGGCGUGCAGUGCCGCCGCGACCGCGCUGCCGCGCCUCACCAGCUGGGCCCGCUGGCCUGCAACCCGGAGGUCAAGGGGCUGAAGUACCACAGACUGAUGCGUGUGGAGACUCACCCGAAUGGUGGCGCGAGUGUGGUGUACCUCUAUCAGCGAGACGUGGACAUGCUGCCUGCCAACCAACAGGAGGCGCUGGCCAAAGAGUUUCUGAAGCUGGUGUUCUCGGAGGACAGCGAGGGCUGGGCGCACUUCGUGUGCGGCGUGGUCCGCGGCGCGGCGGCGCAGUUCCCCUGCCUGCUGCAGCAGCUGGCCUCCGCGCACCCCGCGCUCACCGUCAAGGCGGGCGUGCUGGCCCGCGCCAGCGACAUCGAGACCACCACCGUCAGCCGCUACUACCAACAGGUGCAACAAACGUACGCAGCGGGCACGUUCCGUUGCGGGCCGCUGCACCAGAUAUCUCUGGUGGGAACUGUCCACGAGGAGGUGGGAGGAUACUUCCCCGACAUGCUUCGGCUGCUGGCCCAGUGCCCAUUCCUUGAGAUGACGAUGCCGUGGGGGCCCAUGUCGGCGGUGGAGAUGGAGCCUCAGGAGUCCAACGACGGGCCCAUCUUGUGGAUAAGACCUGGAGAACAGCUGGUGCCCACGGCUGAGCUCGGGAAGAGUCCUAUUAAGAAGAGGCGCACGGGCAUCAACGAGCUGCGCAACCUGCAGUACCUGCCCCGCUGGAGUGAGGCGCGCGAGUUCCUGUUCGAGGACCGCACUCGUGCGCACGCCGACCAUGUCGGACACGGGCUUGACCGGAUCACCACUGCUGCUGUCGGAGUGCUGAAAGCGAUCCACUGCGGUGACGAGUCGGACCGCGGUAGGAUAACCAAGGACGUGGUGGCGUUCCACGCGGCCGACUUCAACAAGCUGGUGCAACUGCUGCAGCUCGAUCUGUACGAGCCGCCCAUAUCGCAGUGUGUCACGUGGCUCGAAGAAGCCAAGCUGAACCAGUUGCGGCGCGAAGGUGUCCGCUACUCGCGGCUGCCGCUGUGCUCCGACGAUAUAUACUUCUUACCCAGAAACAUCAUACACCAGUUCCGGACCGUCUCUGCCGUCACCUCUGUUGCGUGGCACCUGCGGCUGAAGCAGUACUACCCGUCGUCGGAGGCGUCGUCCCCGGCCGAGGAGCGGCCCGCGCCCGAGCCCGCGCCCGCGCUGCAGCCCCGCCCGCCCUCGGAAACCAAAAAGUCAUCGACGGCAACAAAACACAAAGUGGGCGUCAUAGAAAUGCGGGCGUUGAGCGCAAAAUUCAAGGAAAAGAUGGACAGCAAAUCUGUCGAGGUCCAAACUAAAUCCGACAAGUCUGAAGACAAGAAAGAUAAGAAAUCAGAAACUAAAGUUGAGAAGACAGACAAAGAUAAAACAGAGCAGAAACCUGAUCGCACGGAGCCAAAAACAGAUAAAAUUGAACGCACAGACCCUAAAGACGAAGUAAAAAUCAAAACUGAAAAGACUGAUCGUACAGACUCAAAAAGUGAACGGCCAGACAAAACGGACAAGCCAGAAAGAGAACGAACAGACACAAAAACGGACAGAGAAAAAUCCGAACGUGACAAAAAUCAUCACAGGCAGAAUCAUAAAGACAAAGGUAACCGUGACCGAGACAAAUCAUCAGACAAACACAGACAUCAUUCGUCAUCGUCAUCCAGGCACAAGUCCCACAAAUCAGACAGAAGGGACAAAGACAAAGAGAGAAGAGAGAGAGACGACAAGAGACAUAAAGAGAGGGAUGUGAAAAGUGAAGUGAAAAAGGACACUAAAUUACCAGAAGUUGUGCACAGGCCUGAUUAAAGUGACUUUUGCGUGAGUUUUGAGUGACUUGCGGUUUGGUUUUGCUUGUGAAGUGUUAAAGGUUCCUUUUUUUCGGUAAAUUUUCUCUUUGUGUGUUUACCUAAGCGCAGGUGAUUGCUAUAAAAACAAAAAUCCUUUAAGUCACCGUUAGUAUGUUUAUUUAUACCAGAAGGUGCCUGUUCACUCUGGCCUUGAAAGCACCCGGGUUAUAUAGAAAUACAGAAGACGGCAAAGAAUUCCACUCCCUAUUUAAAUAGGGAGUAUUUCAGGGUGGGGGAGGUAUUUCUGAGUGCAUAUAACCCGGGUGCUUUCAAGGCCAGAGUGAACAGGCACCUUCUGGGCGAGCUCCAUCUUAGGCCUCGUCAAUGCCUUCGGGCAAGUCUGGGGCCAAGAGCAAACCCAUCAAAGAUAAAAAAAAAUAUUCUUCACAAGCAAAAGCAUAUCCAAAAAUCAACUCAAAAUGUUACCUAAUUGGUAAUUUUGUAAAUAAUUUAGAUUAAGGGUCUUUUAGAGGCUAAGUGUACGAAUGAUGCGCAGUUUUAGAUCUAGCCAGUGAAUUAUUUAAGUUUUUUUUUAAUUAGGUAUAUAUUUUAAUUACCUACAUUGUAUAGUUAGUAUGAAGACUGGAAAUUUUAUAAUUGCAAAUUAUUAUUUAAAAUGAUCGAAAAAGGAUUUAUGAGAAAAUUGUUUUGCCGUUGUAGGGAUUACGAAAUUACAGUUAACAUUUUCGUGAAUUACAAAAUUAAUUGCAUUAAAGUCGUAUUCGAAAUUGAUGUAAGUAUUCUUACCGAAAUAAUUAACAUUCUGAUAUACGGUACAAUAUGCCAAUUUCAUUGAUUUUUUCCCAGUUUCUUUCAAUAUUCCAUAAGUAUUUUUAUAAUAACCACUCUCCAUACAAGUUCGUGAUUCAUUAUUAUGUAAAGAAAAAAAAACCCAUUUAGAUUUUUUUCAUUUUGUCCCACAUUUUUAACAGUUCGAAGGUCAUAUUUCAAGCAUAUUGUUUAUAUAAAAUAUCUAAAACUGCGUUUAGAAUGUGAUCCCGAGAGAAUUUUAACGAAAUGACGUUUUUAUUAAGCAGUUUUUUUGUGUAAUUUACUGGGCAUUGGAUAAGGGAUAAGCUAAGGAAGCACACCACGGACACUUCAUACAAACAACUUCUGUUUACACAGACUAAAGUAAGACCGAGGGGCAUGGGCGGAUGAUGAACCAGGGUUGAUGGGGUUGGUAAUCCACCUCACAACCCACCCGAUAGAAGAAGAGAAGAAACAAAAUGUGCUUUUCCCAAUGAACAGUAAGCUACACAAUGACACUCCGAUUUAGAUAAAUUUUAAGUAAAUUCAUAUUCAGACACGCAGCAAAGAUUGCACUAUGAGUAUAAAUUAUAUUAUUAUAGUAAUAGUUGAUUAGUCUUAAUAUUUUAUGUGAUUUAUCCCAUUUUAUUGCAAAAUCUCCAAAAAUAGUUGUGACUAUUUUAAAUUUUAUGGGAACACAAGUGUUCAUCUGAGAUCAUAGAAGUAUUGUAUAAGUAUGGGUGGGGGGGGGGGGGGUGUAAACGCCCCAUUGAACGAUCCAUCUAAAAAGCAAUUUUGCUAUGUGUAAUUUGCGUAGGUAUAUAAAUACAAGUGCGCUAUGUCAACGAACGUCAAAUAGCAAAAUUGCUUUUUUAGAUGAAUUGAUUCAAUAUGGCCUUUUAACCCUCUUGAGCGGCUAAAAAGGCCACAUUGAAGCGAUCCAUCUUUGGAAAGUUAUAUUGCUAAUUAAUUAUUUAGCUUAGAUGAAUUGUUUUAAUGUGGCCUGUAUAGACCCCCAGAUUACUUUUUAUGGACGAGAUUUUUUUUUGUGUUAAUUUUUGGUCACUUAAAACUUGAUUAUGUGAGCGCUUUGAAAUUCCCGAUACAUAACAUAAACUCACGGCUAUCUCCCAAAUGGCGUAGUGAGAGGUACAAUCAUGAGCAAUAUAAUGUACCCACUUUAGGACUCUAUCGCACUAACAUAUUUGACAUUUAGUGAGACUUAUAGUUUAAUUUGUCAAAAAAGUUAAUGUGACAUGGUACCAAAGUGUAUACAUAUUAAUGCUCGUGACCGUACAUUCCAUCGCAUGAUGAACUAAGGGUGGUAUUUAUAAACUAUUCUCAGUUUCGAGACUGCCCUCAAGAUCAUGUCAAUGUGACAGUUGUUAUAUAAAAACAAUGACUUGAGCAUGAUCUUGAGGGCAGUCUUAGCUGAGAUUAGUUUAUUAAUACCACCCUAAGUACCCACACUUCACCAGGCUUCUGUUAGACCAACGUGAUAGCCUCCUAAGGCUCCCGGCCCUACUAGUAGUACUAAUCCCAUUGUUUAACUAUUGUGUCUGGAAAUCCGGGCCUUACGACGAUAGUCGAGCCAAGUGUGUUAGUGAAAACUACACUUAAAUUAAUAACUCAUUGGUGCAAGUCCCAUUUUUGGGUUGCCUACAAUGAGUUGUUAGUUUUUCGCCAAUAGAUAUUAAUGGAAAUAUCGCAAUGGAAUAGAAAGAUGGUUUAAAGCGCUCAUGUACAUAAUACUAAGUUUUCUUGAAGUGAUUUUCCAUCAAAAAGUAUAUCUUUUCUAUUAUACUUAUUGUACACUUCGAAAGUAAUAAUAGAGGAGCAGUAUUAUUAACGUUUAUAGCAGAAAAUAUAAUAUAGCACACACUUGCCGAGAAUGAUGGCUUUUGGUUGUGUUUUCAAGUUGGUAUUCGUAAUUUUCUUGACAGAAUUGUCACACUUUUUAUAACCAGUACGGUAAAACUCGCGCGGGAGAGACCAGCUUAUUCUGGAUAAUUCUAUUAAGUCGUCAAUCGUCCAAUGUAAGUUGAUCGCAGGCGUCGAAUCGCGCGCGGUACAACUUGUUAGACGUGAUUUGAUGCCUUCUGAGGUUCGUCCUAGCCGCGUAUUUUCUAGCCAAGCACAGGAGUGUGGAAACGAAUAGGUCACUUUCAACCUCUUAUCUGCCAAGAUACCAGACAAGAAAUGUUACAUUGUGUCUGGUCGAGAUCUGCGUUUUAAUACGUAAACGUUUACAGAGAACAAAGCGGCAGGCGCAGUUAUCAUUAACACGAACGUAGCAAUGAACGCCGCACAUUCCCGGUCGUGAUGUCAAACGGAGGGUAAGCGUCACACUUCACAGUCGAAAGCAGUACUUAGGUUUCCUGGGUCAUAUGAUAGGCACCAAGAGGCAGGCAAGCUAAGUAAAGAAGUCUGGGUAGGGAUGGGAGUACAGUAUUGGUAUGGAAUAUUCUUAUUAGAAUCUAAUACAAUGUCGAUACAGCGUUCUAAUAGACUACUAACGCCAUCUAUUGGCGUGCCGCAGGUACUGUUUUAUAUUGUUGUUACACAAGGUAGAAUUAUCUAGAAUAAAAUGGUCUGCCCCGCGCGAGUUAUAAAAGUUCUAAAUGUUGUGCCCAAAACAAGUAUGAAGUGUGGAUUUACUUCAAUUAUUUUUAUUAUUAACAACAAAACAAUACCAUAAGCCCAAUGACAAGAAAAUACAUCGAUUAGCGCAAAUUUCUUUUCAAUUAAUAUUAUUGUACUAAAAUAAAAUUCUUAAAAUAGAUUUGUUGAUGUUGUAAGAACUUAUGUGAACCAUCAGUUUGUUUGGCGAAGAUGUAAAUUUUGUAUAAUAAAUUAUCGUCUAGGAUAAGUUGGAGAGUAUGAGAAUCGGGUUUGAAUCAUAAUUUUAUUAUUUGUAUUGGCAAAAACAUUAAAUAAAAAUGUUGAAUGUUUUAUUCCUGCUAAAUUAGUGAAAUCAAAAAGAAAAUUUUGUUGAACAGUAGUUACAAUUAAGACCAUACGAAAAGGGAUAAAAUAAAAAAUAUAAUUACAAUUCCUGAUUCUCAUUUUGUUAAAAAUCAUUUAUGUAAGUGAGGAAAGGUAAAUUAUUGUCUAAAUAUGAGUCGAUGUGGACUCACCAGGUCUCAAUGUUUGAUGGACAUUUAUAAAUAUUGAAAUUACAAUCGAAAAAUAUUCUAAUAAAAUUAAAAUCUGUAUCGAGUAAAUUUUGGAUGUAUUAACACAAUAUAUUUAAAACAGCAUAGAUCGAUGCUUAAUGGUAUAUAUAACUGUAUUUGUUCGAAAAUAACCUUGACUCUAACGGUUGAGCGCAUAUAGAACACUUCGUAUGGCAGCCAUCUUGUUUUUCCGCCAUUUUGUAGACGGCAAUUGAAUUUGACCAAGAUUUAAAUACGUUUUGCGGAAGAAGUAUGAUCCAGGUGUCAUAGUUUCCCCAGGCCGAAAGGUGUCUCCCUGAUGCGGAACAUUUUGCAAAGAUCUAGAAGUUUUCACAUAGGUAAACACCCCCGUGACGCUCCUGGGAGGGCAAUUAUAUCAGUCAGUGGGUCUCCACCUAUACAGGGUAUUAGAAAUAUUGAGGCGAUUCGGCUGAUGAUUCUGAGUUAAUAUCUAGUGAAAUUUUUCAUCGCAAAAGAAUAGACUUGAAAAGAAUAUAAAUUUUGCGACGGAAAAUUCCACUUUAUAUUAUCUUAGAAUCACGGUCUGAAUCAUCCCCCUUAGUAUUCGGUACGAUGUCUCUAACAUCCUGUAUCUAAUAGUAAAAAAAAAUAGACAUCACCUCAUCUUCAUGCCAAUGUCAGUGACCGGGUGCACAGAUAAAACUUUCGAUUGUAAUUUCAAUAGGAGAAUGUGGCCAAUCAGACACAAUUGUGAUUGAAAUAUUUAUCUUACGAUUAGGUGGUUAAUUUAUUGUUUCACGUUUCCUAUAUUUUUUGAAAAUAAUAAUUAGAUUAAUAGAAAU